AUGAGCGAGAUAGAUUAUCUGAAUAAGCGUCUCAAGCUGGAUGAACGCUUACGAACGAAUGUGACGAUUGCGACGAAGAAGCGCGCUUCUAAGUCAUUGGACAUCGAGAGCUGUCUUGACUCAACAACUGCAGUAAACGUCGAACAGAUGUGCAUGAUACUUGGGAUCGGCAGCACUGAUAUCAAUAAUUUAUCUCAAGUUCAAUGCUAA